UGACAGUAAAGUAUGCCUAUUGUAUUGUAUGUCAAAUCGUUCAUAUCAAAAGAAUUCCAUUAAAAUAGAUUUCUAUUAAAAAUACCUCGUUUUUCGAUUCAGUAUAAAUAUUUAAGAAUAGGAAGACUCAAAACUUGUAUGUGCUGUGCAUAGAAACUCAUAAAAUCUGUGCUACGUUUAGUUAUUUCAAAAGUGUAAUGUAUUUUUAAAUUUAUCUUUUAUUCCGCGAUUUAUUUGCGAUUGUGGCGUUUAUGUGUCCUAUUUAGAGGUCAAUAACUUUCUCAUACAAAUUUUGUGUUCAAUAUUAAAGGAAUGAAUUGAAUAAAAACAAUCAUGGAUACUCCAAGCGAAACGGCAGAAAUUCUGGACAAGGAAAAACCUCAAGAUACGGGGCCGGAUCUGGUGGCAGUGCGGGUGCCAAUCAAUGGCAUGACAUGUCAGUCUUGCGUACGGAGCAUCGAGGGAUCCGUACGAGAACUGUCUGGCAUCCAGCACGUCAAAGUGGAGUUAUCUGAACACGCAGGAUACUUCAGGUAUGACCCUCGCCUGUGUUCUGUGGAGGCGAUCCGGUCUCAUAUAGAGGAUAUGGGGUUCGAAGCGCCAGUGGAUAGCAACGACGACGAAACGAGGAAUCUUCUCCCGCGCGAGAUACCAACAGACUUGCUAAUAGAUAUGACGAGUUCAAACCCGUCGAACGUCAGCUCAGUGCUGAUCUCUGUCGUUGGGAUGACGUGCCAGUCCUGUGUGAAUACUAUCGAAGGUACUCUUACGGAUAUGCCGGGCGUGGUCCACUCGACUGUCAGUCUGUCUGACAAUACAGCGUUAGUGAAAUACACGCCGGCUUCGAUAACUCCUAAACAAAUAACCGAUGCUAUAUACUCGUUAGGGUUUGACGUGAACAUAGUUAGUGUAAACGACGAGCAAAUGACAGAAUUAUCACAGAUUAAAACUGAAGAAGGAUCGGGAGAUCGUGUCAAAUCAUCGCCCCCCAAAAGUAGGACGCAACAGAACGGUGUUCCGGCGCCGGAAGUGUCGCGCUGCACGCUGGAGGUGCGCGGGAUGACGUGCGCGUCCUGCGUCGCCGCCAUAGAGAAGCACUGCGCUAAGUUGAACGGUGUCCAUUCGAUCGUUAUAGCACUCUUGGCCGCUAAAGCAGAGGUUCGCUAUGAACCGGCAAAAAUAUCAGCUCUCGCGAUAACAGAUUCGAUCACCGAGCUGGGCUUCCCGUCGGAACUUAUGAGCGACAGUGGAGCGCCGAGGGAUUUGAAUUUGUCGAUUAAAGGCAUGACGUGCGCGUCGUGCGUCAACAAAAUAGAGAAAUCAGUACUUAAAAUGAACGGCGUCGUGUCCUGUUCAGUCGCCCUCACGACCUCCAAGGCGAAAAUUAAAUACGACCCGGAAAUAAUCGGAGCUCGUAAAAUAUGCGACGCUGUUAACGACCUCGGCUUCGACGCGAGCGUUCUCAGCUCACAGAACCGCGGCACGACCGACUACCUGGAACACAAAGAGGAAAUACGAAAGUGGCGCGGCGCGUUCCUCAUCUCGCUGAUCUUCGGCGCGCCGUGCAUGGCGCUGAUGGCCUACUUCAUGUGGGCCAUGGACCACUCCGCCGGGAACAUGUGCUGCGUGCUGCCGGGCCUCAGUCUCGAGAACCUGCUCAUGGGGCUGCUGGCGACGCCUGUGCAGUUCAUCGGCGGUUGGCACUUCUACAAACAAGCUUACAAAGCUCUGAAACAUGGGACCUCUAAUAUGGACGUACUUAUAUCGAUGACGACGACUAUAAGUUAUGCGUACUCGUUAGCCGUCGUGAUCGCAGCGAUGGCCCUGCAGAAAGACACGAGCCCCCUCACGUUCUUCGACACGCCGCCCAUGCUGCUGGUCUUCGUGUCCUUGGGGAGAUGGCUGGAACACAUAGACAAGGGUAAAACAUCCGAGGCGCUAUCGAAACUCCUGUCCUUGAAACCGACUGAGGCUGUCCUCGUGACCCUGGACGAGGAAGGACGUGAGGUCAGCGAGAAGAACAUACCCGUCGACUUAGUGGAGCAAGGGGACGUUCUUAAGGUAGUGCCCGGCGCGAAGAUACCCGUUGACGGUAAGGUUAUAUCCGGGCAGAGCACGUGUGACGAGUCCCUAAUAACCGGGGAGUCGAUGCCGGUGACGAAGUCCAAAGGCUCGCUGGUGAUCGGCGGCAGCAUCAACCAGCACGGCGCGCUGCUGCUGCGCGCCACGCACACGGGCGACGCCAGCACGCUGGCGCAGAUCGUGCGCCUCGUGGAGGACGCGCAGAGCAGCAAGGCGCCCGUGCAGCGCCUCGCCGAUACCAUCGCCGGAUACUUCGUUCCAAUGGUGGUGUUCCUCUCGUUGCUGACGCUGAUCUGUUGGAUCAUAAGCGGAGCCAUCAACAUCGAUAGGAUUAAAGAUAUAACGCCGGAGAUGUACCGCGAUUCAGGGUUCACGGAGUGGGAGCUGAUCGUGCAGACGGCGUUCCACUUCGCGCUGUCGGUGCUGGCCAUCGCGUGUCCGUGCGCGCUGGGGCUGGCCACGCCCACCGCCAUCAUGGUGGCCACGGGCGUGGGCGCGAGACUCGGCCUGCUCAUCAAGGGGGCGGAGCCCUUGGAGAACGCGCACAAAAUCAAAACAGUUAUCUUCGACAAGACUGGAACAAUCACACGAGGCAGCACAACCGUAGCAAGAGUUUCACUACUAACCGGCGAGCCCUCGAUGUUACCGGAAGUACUUGCUUGCAUACUCUCUGCGGAAUUAAACUCGGAACAUCCCGUUGCUUCCGCGAUAGUUAAAUGGUGUUCUGGCGUGGUUGGUGAUGCCCGGGCCACUUGCAGCGGGUUCGCAGCGGCGCCGGGUUGCGGGUUGCGCGCUAAGAUCACCCUCAGGAAUGAUUUUCAACAAUCGCCUCAGUUGAAAGCAGCUUUGGCAAAUGCGAGGGAAGGCUCAACGAUCCAGCUGCACGGUGUUCCAGUGGAGAUCGUGGGCGGGGAGGGGGACGCCGCCCUCAGCUCCGCGCAGGCCGCCACCAGGCUGCAUGCGCUCAUACCUUCCACUGGAGACGUGGUGGAACAAAUAGUAUUAAUAGGUAACCGUGAAUGGAUGGCGCGGAACGGAGUGUCCGUGCCUCGGAGGGUUCAGGAGACGUUGCAGAGGGACGAGGAACUCGGACGAACAGCUGUGUUGGCGGCUAUUAAUGACCAACUAGUUUGCACGAUCGGAGUAGCGGACGAGGUUAAGCCGGAAGCCCAUCUCGCGGUCUACUGCCUCAAGAAGAUGGGCCUGGAAGUGUGUCUCCUCACCGGUGACAACAGGAAAACGGCUGUGGCGAUUGCUAGACAGGUUGGAAUAAAUAAAGUGUAUGCGGAGGUGCUUCCCUCACACAAGGUGGCCAAGAUACAGAAACUCCAAGAGGAGGGACAGAAAGUUGCCAUGGUGGGCGACGGUGUGAACGAUUCCCCGGCGCUGGCGCAGGCGGACGUGGGCGUGGCCAUCGCCAGCGGGACCGACGUCGCAGUCGAGGCCGCGGACAUCGUGCUCAUGCGGAACGACCUGCUGGACGUGGUGGCGUGCCUGGAGCUGUCCCGGACGACGGUGCGCCGGAUCCGGCUGAACUUCCUGUUCGCGUCCGUGUACAACCUGCUCGGCAUACCGCUCGCGAGCGGGGCCUUCGCUGCCUACGGCCUGCAAUUACAGCCCUGGAUGGCGUCAGCUGCUAUGGCGAUGAGUUCCGUAUCAGUGGUCUGCUCGAGUUUAUUACUCAAGACUUUCAGAAAAGCAUCAGCUGAACAGCUGAGAACGACAGAAUAUCUCCAAUCUAUACAUAUAGAAGAAUUGGACUCGGUGUCCGUUCAUCGGGGUUUGGACGAGAAGGUGGACCCCAUAGACAGGACGUCGCCAUUAGCCAAAUUACUUUAUCGCAGUAAAUCAGCGAAUGGGUGUCUGUUGCAAGAAGAGGAUGACAUGCUUACUGUCUCCUUCAUACCGAAACGACCGACGAGAGACGCGCCCAGUUUGAACGGAUAACCUCUGUACUAUAUUCGAGCAGCGAAGGAGAAAUAAAUAAACAAAACUUGAUUGAUAUUCAAUACUAUUUGCUAUUAGGUCGGCUAAAAGCACUACAAACAGUUCUAGAUUCAUAUAUAUUUAUUUUUAACGACACUAUUUCACUUAACAACUAAUAUACGCUUUGAUUUGACUUCCAAAGUUCCGAUAGCAAAUACGCUGUCGUACAGAACGCCAUUUUUACGUAUCCAUAAUGACAUGAAUACCACAGAUU